UACCUUCAAAAGUACAUUUAAAUAUUUUAAUUCACAGAAACAAUUGAUAUUUAAUGUUUCGAUACAAUAUUAUAAUACAUAAUGUCAUAAAAUAUAUUGAAAUGUAGCAUGUGCAUUAAAAAGGACAUAGAACCUUUCGAGUUGGCGAGGUGUAUGGGAUCUUAUAAUAUGUAUUUGUAUUAUGUACACCCAUAUUAGGUAUUGAUCUUGUCUCCGUAUACCGGGUGUUCUACAAAUAUGAACAUAACUGAAUUUUCCUAAAAAUAUAUUAAAACUGCUACAUUGCACAUUCCAGGAAAACAGUUUUAGUUCUUAUAAUCGGGAAAUAAAAAAUAGCACCAAAAUUAAUAUACUGAAAUAUUAAUAACAAUAAAAAAUAAUAAAACUGAGAAUAAUAUAAUGUAAAAAUAUUCAAACAUCUGAUUUAACAUUAUGAGUUUUAAACAAAAUUUGCGAAUGUAUACUGUAGUUUACUAGCAACUAUUUAAGUCAUUAAGCAGAUACGUUAAUUUGUUAUAAGAAAGAUAACAUAAGACUAAAGUAAGGAAUGCAUCCAAGAUCGACAUGUAAACUUCGGUAGAUUGAUUAUACGAUGAAUUGUAGUUGAUCUACUUCCUGCCCACAAGCAUAGACCGUAUCCGCUCUCUAUUCUUGAUUCUGCGAUCUCACCUUACUGUGGUUUCUGACCUCUUUACAGUUUUGUAUCUCUUUUGGUCUUGUGAAAUCUUUCAAUCGUAAAAUCAUACAAGAAACGCAACUCGAAUGAUAAUAAAACAAUUCACUCGAAUAUAUUUUCUUUAUUUCAUUUGAUAUAGCGAGGUUAUCUCUAAAAUGGAUAGAAUCAUGUCUAUCACUAUAAUUUUUUGCAUAUGUAUAUUAUCAACUCUCAAUUGAAACAAAUGGAAUAAAUUACAGAUUCCGCCUUUAUUAGCCAAACUCUUUAUUACUAAUUUUCUAAUAAUACUAAUUACUUUAAUAAUAAUAAUACUAAUAACUUUAUUACUAAUAAUCUACUAAUUCUUGGCCAUAUAUAUCGAUGAUUAGAUUAUUGAGAAUGAAAUCACGAAUUUCCUUUCACAGCCUACACAUAUUUCAGUAUUAAAGAAUAAGAAGCAGUACAAGUAUUUUCCAUCUUAUGAUUGAAUAUUAUGGUAGACAGCUGCUCCUAGGAUGCACAUUUUAAUAUAGUGCUUGUUAAUUUUAAUUUUGUAAAGCAGUACUUGCGUUUAUGCCUUUAUGUUUCUCUAUCAUAGUUUUCUUUAUGUAUUUCAUACGUAAAAUUUUGCAAAGUUGUUAUUCUUAGACUAAAUAUAAUUUCUAAGUUCAUCGUUCUAAUUUGUAAAGGGUAGAGUAAAUUUAUUGAUGUUUUUCUUUCUAAGAUCAAUAUCUUAAUUUACGUGAUACGAAAUUCUAUUUGUACUAUAUACUGUCUAUGGUGUAAUUUAACUUUAAAUAUAAAGUCAUUAAAUUGAUAAAGGUCGAAUCAUUUAAUAAGAGGAUACUGGUAAAGUUUUGAAUUUCUAGAUGGCGCUUUCAUCACUUACACGUUGCUAGGCAAUCUUUUUAAAAUAAACAUUGAAUUGUGAUGAAAGGAAUAUAAAUGAAUGAAAUAAUAAAAAUAUAUCAAUUAUAUUGAUAGUUUUGCAACAAAUUUCUAUAUAUAUAUAUUUACAGUAAUUGAUUAAGACAUUAUUGUUUUAAAUAUGUUCAAGAAGGAUAUCGAUUUCAUUAAGGAAUAUGCACAACAUACAGAAGAUAGAAAAGAACAAGAUUUAAGUCUUUGUUAUGCAUAUCCCAUUAUGAAUAAAGUUUCAGAAAUCAAUGUUCUUACUAAUGAUACUAAAAAUCUGCGAAAAUUAUGUCAAGAAACUACAUUAGUUGAGGAUGGAUUAUAUUCUUCUAAUCAUCCAUUCGUUUACAGUGAUAUUAAACUUUCUGAACUUAGUAACAUGAAAAUUUUACAAUACGAAUCAAAACGAAAAUUCUCUGGCAAAUUGUUAGAAAUUGUAAUUCGUGAAGUAAACAUUAAUACCAAUCAAUCAAAUUCUAUAGAAAUCACAUCUGUUUAUCUGUUAUUCAAAAAGAAAAUUAUAUGUAAGGUAAAUAGUCCUUUUAAUAGAAAGAUGCAUAAAUUGUUAAUAAAGAGUUCAGAAUGCAAUAAUCUUUCUACACAAGUACACACUAAAAGCGGUCAAUCUAGCAUCUUACCAUUGCCAUUGCCAAAACGCAACAUUGAGAAUCAUACAGCAGAAAUAGAUUUUGCAAUAAGUGACAAUUUUGGUAGAAUACACGCUGGAACCGUCACUUGUACAAUUACUUUAAGUAGUUAUGGUGAAAAUGAACAAGAGUCAUAUGAAUCUCAUUUUUAUAAAUUAAGUAAUGAUCCAAAUGAUCCACAAAAUCAUUUGUCUUUACUCAAGCCAUCGAAAAGUAUUCAUAAAAAGCAAGUGAAAUACUUUUUACUGGAAGACCCAGCAUUAACUUUUGGCAGAAAUUCAGAAUUUAUCACACCUAAGAAAAGUCAAACAGAGGAAACAAAAUCUCCAGACAUAGUCAUAACAGAACAACCUGCAUUUUCUUUGCUCAAUAUAUCAUUCAGGAACUUAUUCCAAGUUAAACACCCACUAGAAUCAUCAUCUGGUACCCGUAGACACCAUACAAUAGGAAAAACAAUUUUGUCUGUAACUAUUCUGCGAGGAAUAGAAAUACCAAUUAGAGAAGAGUCUGCAUUAGUUCAACCAUUUGUAGAAGUUGAAUGGGGUAACACAGCACAUACAACAGCCAUAGCAGAAGGUUCGGCACCUAUAUGGCACCAAACAAUGUACUUUGAGUUACCAAGACAAAAUGAAGAGCAUUGUAUAAAGAUUCGCUUGUUUGAUCAGCAUCCUGUUUGGGGUCAACAGUGGAUAGGUGAAGCCAGAAUUCCUCUUGAACAUCACAGAAAUUAUCAAGAACUUGAGCGAUGGAUUACAUUAUCUCCAUUAUUUAGCCCAAAUUUGUUAUUUGGAUACAUACAAGCUAGUCCUGGUCAAUCAUGUACUCGUAUUUACGUUCUGAUGAAAAUGGAUCAUUCAAGUACUCCUAAGUCGGUUGAAAGUACUACUAUAAAUACAUUAUUGAAAGGAAUUCAACGAUGUCUCGUUACAUCAUAUAAAAUUGACGGCGUCGAAAAUCCGAAAGAUGCUGCGAGAUUAGUGAUGCUUGUACCAUCGUUACCUAAUCAUUAUGGGCCAAUCACCCCACGUCAAACAUUAAACAUACGUAAAGUGGAUCACUAUGGAAGAGCAACUCUACUUGCAGUAUUAUUACAAGGUUUCAAUCUGCAGACAUACGUUUUAUUAGGUUCUUCUCAAAUAAGUAAAUGGACGUCAUUUGUUUUAAGCAUCAGUGAAAACGGAAUAUAUACGCUAUGGGAUGCAGAAGUUGGAAAAUGCUAUAAAUUAGAUGAUACCCAUUGUCCUUUAAUGAAGGUGUCUCGACUAAUUAAUCAUUCUGGUAUAUGGGAAAAUUUGCAAAAAUCUAUUUUGGCCCAUAAUCUCAAAUACGACGUGAAAUUAAGCAAAGAAUGGCGAUUCAUUGAUAUUACGACGUCAACUAAAAAUGAUCAUACUGUGCAAGUAUUAGAUUUAAGUAUUACAGAGGAAGAACUAAGGCAAAUUAAGAAGACCGCUAUGGAUUUAGAGCAGGCCUUAAAAGAUAAGUUAGCUCAUUGGCGUAGCACAAUCGGUUUAACGACGAUCUUUAAUCGACAUGCAAUAACUAUCUUACGAAAUUUUAUUUCUAAAAUAGAACCUUCUUCAGAAGUACAAUUAGAUAAAAGGGAUUUGAAACAAUUAUACAGAGCUUACCACGUUCAUGGUUUUAUUUUAAACAAACGUGAAUGCAGCAUCGAUGAUUUGAGCGAGUAUUUACAUGCGACGAAGAUUUAUAAUAUUAAUGAUCCAGUUGAAUUUGCUGUGGUAUGUCAGAUACAGCCUUACAUCGGUAAAAUUUCUUCGAUUUGGCUGGCUGUUAUAAUCCUUAAAAGUCGUGAUUAGUUGUCUGUACGAAUUAAUAUCAAUUUCUAUAUUAAGUGACAUAUUAAUUAGAAUUUAGUAUUUAGUAUUGAUUAUAUUCGUUUAUUGCAUAUUUUUAUAUUGCAUUAAAAUUAAUAUUACAAUGUUCAUGAAGUAGGAUAGUUAUUCUUUUUAUCAUAUUCCGAAAUUUUGUAUAAGGUUUUGAUAAACAAACUAAUAGAAUAUUAAACUUUCGUAAAAUAA